UUUGGGACAGCUUCUCACUCACCAUCUCUAUAGUUUAACCAACUGGGAAACUAACUCACCUGCAAUUUCUCCAACCAAAUAACUCCCAACAUUUUGACUACUGCCAUCUGACAUGGAAACCCAGCAAAGAUACGGACAUCACUCACUUUGCCUCACCUGCCGGAGAACGCAGAACAGCAGAAUGAAGGUCAAGAGGAUGUCUUCGACGAGUCGCGCGCUGCUCUUUGCACUGGCCCUGACGCUCUACGUAGUGGAAAUGGCCUCGGCGGAGACGCUGUGUGGGGGAGAACUGGUGGAUGCGCUGCAGUUUGUCUGUGAAGACAGAGGCUUUUAUUUCAGUAGGCCAACCAGCAGGGGUAACAACCGACGCCCCCAGACCCGUGGGAUCGUAGAGGAGUGUUGUUUCCGUAGCUGUGACCUCAACCUACUGGAGCAGUACUGUGCCAAACCUGCCAAGUCCGAAAGGGACGUGUCAGCCACCUCUCUACAGGUCAUACCGGUGAUGCCCGCACUAAAACAGGAAGUCCCGAAGAAGCAACAUGUGACCGUGAAGUAUUCCAAAUACGAGGUGUGGCAGAGGAAGGCGGCCCAGCGGCUCCGGAGGGGUGUCCCCGCCAUUCUGAGGGCCAGAAAGUAUAAGAGGCACGCGGAGAAGAUUAAAGCCAAGGAGCAGGCUAUCUUCCACAGGCCCCUGAUCAGCCUUCCUAGCAAGCUGCCUCCCGUGUUGCUCACCACAGACAACUUUGUCAGCCACAAAUGAGCCCGCUGCCAGCCCUUUGCACAGACAAGAGUUUUGAGGGUGAAAAAAAGACUAGGGGAUUAUAGCUUUGUCUCUGACGUCAUUUCUGUGGCAGUCCUCUUUGACCUCCCCUGCCCUGUCCGAGCUCACCAAUCCCUCCCCCUGCACAUAUCCACUACGUCUUGAACCCCUGGCCCUUUUCUAAUGCCCCCCCUUCCCCCCGAACUCCCCCCUCCCCACCAGCCCACCCUCCUCUGGCACACAGACAUGCCUUCACAUUCUUCCUGUCUGAACUCUUUCUCUCCCACUCUCUUUCAGUCACUGAUACAAAAGGCACAAACACAAAUGUCGAACAAAAAGUUAACAAUUCGGCUGAAUGCGGUUCAGGUGGAUCCUUAAGCAAAAGACAAAAAGAGAAGGGAAAAAGAAGAUGAAAGAGAUCUGUCGUUUGCAAGUGUCAAGAGGACACCUAGCGGAAUGUUUUUUGUCCUUGUGGAAGACAACUGAAAGUGAAGAGCUGCUUGCAUGAAAGAAUCCAUUCCACAUCAUUUUUCCUGAGGCGAAAAGAAAAUCUCUGUUAGUUCUUUAGUUUGCACCUCUACCUAUAAAGGGACUUCCACACUGUAAGGAAUUAUUUUAUAAAAUUAGAUUCCUGUUCCAGCACCUUUUGAUCACAAACAAAAAGCAGAAAAGAGUCUGCAAAAUUGCACAUUGCCACGGAUUACGUCAAAGUAAAGAAAAAAAUGGCACUAUUUUUUUAUGAACAAUGAACGUGUAGCUUAAAAAAAUGUCAUGGUGCUAGCUUUGGGAAUGGACUCAAAGAAGAGGUGGAAAAGCACGUUUUUUUUUCUUUGAAUUAAUAAUUAAAGCUUUCCGUUUUAAGGAAAGUGUGACUUUUUAAAAAAAGGAAAAUAAAGGAUAUGGGGGAGCUCCUGGCAGUGGCAAUGUCAAGGGGGAAGAGUCACUGAGGAAAAAUAUGGGCUGUGUUGGCAUCUAGGCUCAUGGUGAGUGCUAGCGGCUGCUAUUUACUAGUUUGCCAGCAUAAGCAGCAAGGGAUGACCCGAGACCUAGUCCCUGUUCCUCCUGUCCCUCUGAGGCUGCUGGACACAUGGAGCACUAUGGGGACACAUAUGGGACACCAUGGACCACCUGGAUUGGGACAGUACUAUAGUUUGGGGACAGUACUUCCUGUUUGCCAUGGCUUUGUGGACUGUUCUGGCAGGAAGUAACAUGGCAUGGACUAAGAACGAGUGGGAUAAUGAUGAUUAUAUUUUAUUUUUUGUCUUUUUUCAUAUCAAUGUUUCAAUGAAAAAAAAAGGAAAACCCUGUCAGUUUCUGGUACCGUGACAUUCCUGUUUUUCCAAGUUAGGCUUUUUUUUAUUGUUAUGAUGUUAUUUUACAGUUAUAAAGAAAGGGAAAAAACAGCAAUAAUGUCAACUAACAUUUUAUUUUUAUUGUAUAUCAGUAGUAUUCACAUGCUUUUGCCUGAAAACAAAUACUUGAAACUAUAUUUAUAUAUAUACACGUCUACAUGUAUAUAUAUAUAUCUAUAUAUAGACAUUCAUAUAUAUAUAUAUAUAUAUAGAUAUAUAUAUAUAUAUAUAUAGACAUUCAUAUAUAGAUAUAUAUAUAUAUAUAGAUAUAUAGAUAUACUAUUAGUUUCCAGGGACGUUGUGUUAUUUUCCUUUAGUCUGAGCUGUACCUUGCGUAAUGAGCCGCCAAGCUUUUUUGUUCGUUUGUUGAAAUACAAAUAAGGGCACUGUAUAAAGGCAUUAUUUAUUUUGUUAUAAAAUAUAUUUGAAAAAUUGGUCCAAAUAAUAUACGUAGCACUGAUGCUCAACUGCUAGAUUUAUUUUGUAUGAUCUCUGUUUUCCAAUUGGAGUUGUAAGGCUUUUUUUUGUAGAUGCUUUGUACCAAAAAUGUUGUUUUUUUCUUGUUUUAUUUGCCAUAGUCCUUUAAAUUAAUAUUUUAACAGCAGCAUAGCCUGGAUUGCUUAGGCAUGUUAUGUCACAAAAAUAGGCACAUACUCUUAAUCUGUCGGUCUGCAUGGAUUUCCAGAAGCCUGUCAGGGUUGUCUGAGAAAAUGAAAGCAUCAAUGAGUAACUUUUUCAUUGCUGAAAAAAAAAGAGAAAUAACUGUUCAACAUGGAUAUUACUCAAACCCACUAUGUUUUUUAAGCCACUUUAGUAUUGAUGGUAGGGGAGGGGGAAUGACGAGUCCUUCAUUAAACUGUGUUUUUAUAAGUGUGCAUGGUGUCCUAUGAUCUUCUAAUGCAAAGGAACAUCUAAUGCAGUCCCACUGAUACUCUUAGUUGGGUCAUGAGACCAUAAAUGUCCACUCAGCUGUGGAGUUGUGGGUUUGCAUUACACAUGACCUAACCAAGUCAUCCUAUUCAUGCCAACGUUGGUGUGAUGCUAGCAAACAUCAAAGGUCAUUUGAAAGUCACUGUCUGUCAAAGAGAGACUAUCUAUCUAUCUAUCUAUCUAUCUGUCUGUCUGUCUGUCUGUCUGUCUGUCUGUCUGUCUAUCUAUCUAUCUGUCUGUCUGUCUGUCUGUCUGUCUGUCUGUCUGUCUGUCUGUCUGUCUAUCUAUCUAUCUAUCUAUCUAUCUACCUACCUACCUACCUACCUAUCUAUCUAUCUAUCUAUCUAUCUAUCUAUCAUCUAUCUAUCUAUCUAUCUAUCUAUCUAUCUAUCUAUCUAUCUAUCUAUCUAUCUAUCUAUCUAUCUAUCUAUCUAUCUAUCUAUCUAUCUAUCCAAGUCUCUUUUUGGUAUAGCACAGUGACUCUGUGCAUCAUCAAGAUAUCUUGAUCUUGUGCAUCAUCAAUAUGCAUCUGUAUUUGCAUUGGUAUGUGUGUUUGGGGUUCGGGAUUCAUCCCUCACAAUCUUCCACUAAUGCAUCCAUUAUGCAUUUACUGAAGGGCUAUCAUGCUGAAACAUUUCUGAAGCACUCAGGAAAAAAAAUGUGCUCUCUAAGGGAGAAGUGGAAUCGUUGCUGAGUUUAAGAGAUAAUCUUGUUGUGGAAGGUGAGCUGAGGUUGUUACCCAUACCUGGCCACAAUAAUAUAGUUCUCUGUAACAAACCACUGAAGCCCAUGUCAGAAGCAAGGUCAUCCUGUGCCACAUUAUCACAGUUUCCUCCUCUGUUGUGUCAUGCAUCACCCCAUGAAACGGUGACUCAAUGGAUAGUUGCCAUAUUGUGGUGUAGAGUCGAGAGAACACUUUAUGUCUUUUUUCUGUCAGAGAGAUCUCAAUUAUCAAGGCUGCAUCUUGUCUCUAAUUAUAUUCUACUUCAGUUGUGCAACAAAGCAGGCAGUGCAAUUAUUAUUAUUAUUGAUAUUAUUAUAAUAUUUUAUAUUUUAUUUUAUAUUUUCCUGCUAGGACUGCAUUCAUUCACUAUUGUAAUGUUCAAACAGGCUACUCUAGUGUUCUUAUGAAUGGCGUGGAAGACAACCACUUCUUUUCGCUGAAUAUGAAGAAAUAUCUUGCUGAGCAAAGGCAACUUCUUCUGUGUCAGUAGAUCACUCAGCCUGUGUGUAUUUUAUUGAUUUAACCUCUGCACGCUAGGACGUCCGAAAUGCACAAUUCAUGUACUUUCAUUUUUAAUAUCAAUAAAAAAACAUUUUAUCAAACA